CAAUUAGAAUAUAUUUUUAGCUUUUUGUUUUGAUAAUUUUCUUGUUGAUUAACCGAUCUAUCUCUCUAAAGUUUACUUUUUUCCAUGAAGAUGAUGUUCAGCCCCCACUAAUAUUUCAAUUUUCUGUUGCUGUCUUUCCUUCAAGAUCUGUCAUAUGUUGUUCAUGAAAGUAGUACUCCACUUUUAUUCAAUUUUUUUUUCUUCUUUUUUCAACUAUCUGAUAAAGGACCCAGAAAGUUGUUAUAAUUUGUUUUUAUUGCCGUUGCAAUCUUCAAAGUGGAAUUGGGUUAGUUAAUAAUCCUAUGGAAAGUUCAAGGUCUUUAAUGGAGAAAAGAGCAAGACCACAGAAAGAUCAAGCUUUGAACUGUCCUAGGUGCAAUUCAACCAACACCAAAUUUUGUUACUACAAUAACUACAGUCUUUCUCAGCCAAGAUAUUUCUGCAAGACUUGUAGGAGGUACUGGACUGAAGGUGGAUCUCUAAGAAAUGUUCCUGUUGGUGGAGGAUCAAGAAAAAAUAAAAGAUCUUCAUCUUCAUCAACAUCACCAGCUAUAUCAAAGAAACUUGCUGAUUUUACCCCACCAAAUUUCCCUCAGUCUGCUUCUCAAAACCCUAAGAUCCAUCAGGGUCAGGAUCUCAACCUUUCUUAUCCUCCAAGUGAUCAAGAUUAUCAAAACACUAGUACAAACUCUUCUUCAAUUCCUGCAAGGGGGUUUACUGCCUUUAUGCCUAAUAUUCCAGCUAAUUCAGAGUCUAAUACAAUAUUCCCAGCUGGGUUUCCAUUGCCAGAAUUCAAACCAAGCCUAAAUUUUUCAAUUGAAGGAUUUGAAAGUAGUGGGUAUGGAAAUGUUCAAGGAGCGCAAGCAACGGGUGCAAGACUUUUGUUUCCUGUGGGGGACAUAAAACAGCAGGUUGAACUGAAUAGAGGGCAAGGGAAUCAUCAGUCUGCUGGGUAUUGGACUGGAAUGUUGGGUGGAGGCUCAUGGUGAAAUGAAUAGUAAAGAAAGUGAAUGAACAAGAAGAAGUAGGUGUUUCAAUUUGAUUUAUCUUUUUCUUUUUCAUUUCACAUUAUGAGUGACUUUGUUAAGAGUUGUUGAUGAUAAAAAAACUAACACAUAGGAUUACAUGCAUCUUGUUGGUUUUCUUAGUUUCUUCAGUUUCAACUCUGGGUUUUAGCACUCUCCCUUUAUAUACAAUUUGCUGAAU